AUGCCUGAGAGUGAGUUCGAGGCAGCGGUGAUUGGUGCCAUGGGCUAUGUGGGCUGGUAUACCUGCCCGCGUGGGCACCCCUACUCCGUGGGCGAGUGCACGCGCCCCAUGCAGCUGGGCCGCUGCCCGGUGGUGGGUUGCGGCGCCCCCAUUGGCGGCGAGUCGCAUCGCAACGUGGAAGGCGUGAGGACCGUGAACCAGGAGACACUCACGCGGAAGGCGCAGCCGGGCUUCAUCGCGGCCACGAGCGACCUCUUGGAUGAGACGAUCGUGAACCAGUUUAAUCGGCAGCUGAACAUGCGCGGCUUGAAAUCCUUGCGCUUAGUCCUGCAUGUGGCUUUAUGGGUCAGCUUGGGAGGCGACCAGUACGGCAUCGCAGCCGAGGUCAUCGAACCCAACUCCGGUGCCAACCCAAGGAGGGCUGCGGAGCACCUCUACAAGCUGAUUUGCGAGGAGUGGUUGGAGUUACUGCGGCGCACGCGGCUGCCCAGCCGAGAGCUUUGUGCCUGGCUCCACUUGAGCGUCCUGCGAGCUGCCGAGACAUGCUUGGCGCAACGCAAGCUCACUACUGAGUCAGAGCGACUGAAGUAUGAGCAAGACUUCCAGGUGGCCACCGAGAAAGCCAUGUUUCAAGGCAUGGGUGGAGAUGACCGCAGGCGAAUGGAUGUGGGCACUGACUACACCGGCGCUGCGUCAGCUGGUUUUGGUCAUGAUUGGAAGGAGCUUUGU